AUGGUUUAUUUGCCAUUACUCUCACAAGUGCUUCUCCACAACAGACGCAUCCAUGUCCUAUCGUAUUGUAUUAGACAAACCCUUCACCACUUCUUCAGUGCAUUCAUAGAUUCUCAUCAAUACAUCGAUGCAAUCAAUGCUAAGCGAGACAGCGCUCUCUGGUUUCCGAUCGUACCCUCAACACUGAUUUGUUUGUGUAAUCUGUGCGGCACUGGUGGCAGUGCAGUGCUCUCACCGACCUAUUCCUCGCCGCCGAGUCCUCCUCCCGGCGCCAACACGACGGCCCUCUACCACCCGACGGCGGCCGCCGCCCAAAUGGCGGGCCUCGACCGCGACUACCCCUCGCCGUACGCGCCCUUCAGUUUGAUGACACCGACGGCCACUCAUCACGCGAUGGAACACGACCUGAAGGCGUCGGCGUUUGGCCAUCACCACCACCACCAUCACCACCACUCGGCACAGACACCACUCUCGGUCAUGACACCCCCCACACCCACCUCCACACCCACAUCACAAUCACACCAUCACAGCACUAACUCCAACUCAGGAAACAGCAAUCACAGCAACAAUGGGCCACAAAAUUCACACAACUCUGCAAACAAUUCAAUUAAUAAGAAAGAGAUCGAUCGCGUGAAGAGACCCAUGAAUGCGUUCAUGGUCUGGAGUCGCGGACAACGCAGAAAAAUGGCUCAGGAGAACCCAAAGAUGCAUAACUCGGAGAUUAGCAAAAGAUUGGGCGCGGAGUGGAAGCUGUUGUCUGAAGUAGAGAAGAGACCCUUCAUUGAUGAGGCGAAACGAUUGAGAGCCGUUCACAUGAAAGAACAUCCGGAUUACAAAUACAGACCCCGAAGGAAGACCAAGACUUUGAUGAAGAAAGAGAAAUACCCUCUGGCGGGCAGUUUGGGCGGUCUAUCGCAAGACCCGAGCCGAUCAUCGGCUGCGGCGGCCGCGGCGGCAGCCGUACAGCAAGUGAGUCGUGACAUGUAUCAGAUGAAUGGCUAUAUGCCUAAUGGGUACCCAAGUAUGGCUAUGCACGAGGCGUAUCAACAACACGCCGCUAGCUAUGGCACCGCCACUAUGGCUGCCAACAGUGGUCUCUACGGCCGGUACGACAUGUCACAGAUUCACACACCGAUGACCACCGGUUCGAUGGCAAUGCCAUACAUGAACGGCUCGUCCAACUAUUCAUCAAUGCCCAUGUCCUCCGCCUACUCGACCAUGGGUUCAUCGGCCAGUCCUAUGUCGGCCACGGGAUCAUCCAUAAAGUCCGAGUCGUCGGGCCAUAGCGGCAGUUCUCCCAACGCGAUGGCGGCCGCAGUGGCCGCGGCUGCCCGAAGAGGACCGUGUAAUACGGACUUAAGGGACAUGAUUAGCAUGUAUUUACCUCCGGGUGAUACCGAUCCCAAUGCCGUACAACAACGACUCCAAAUGCAGAGCCAUUACGCGUCGUCCGGAGAGCCGCCGAUGCCGUUAUCACAUAUGUAGGACUUAUUCACAUUUUAGUGUAAUUUUAUUCAAAAUGCAUACAUAUUUGCAACCAAUCAAAGACUCGAUAUAUUUCAUCAAUUGUACAAAAUUUGCAUUCCUUUCGACUCUCAAAAGACAAUGACUUUAAUUCUGUUUUAAUGUUUGUAUCGAUUUGUAAGACAUGAGAAUGAGAUGCAACUCAUGAUUAUUACAACCAAACACAACACUAUUACAUGAAUUCUGUACGCUUUGUGUGUAUUCUGUGCCCACAAUUGUAUUAUAAAUAUAUAUAAAUAAUAUAGACGUGCGCUUAACCACAAACAUUCAAAACUAAAAAAUCCUUAUCUCAUCUCAAGAAUGUAAUACUUAAAUAGUUGGCCCCCUGUGGUCUUCAUGUGGUCCUCCAAUUCCGUGUCACCUCUACAAGACCUACGAAGACCUGACAAGCGAUGGGCAGAGAGAGAGAGAGAGAGA